UUGCCGUGCUACCGGAGACGGUCACAGUGGUGACUUCUCUGUUCUUGAUGACAGGUGAAGCAGCAGCAGUGACAGCAAGAGCUGCACCGACAAGGAAUUGAGUGCGCAUAAUGAUAAUGAUAUAAGAAAGCUUUGUAAGCGUUGGAAGAGGCUGUUGAACUGCUUUGCUUGCUUGAUGGUUUCCAACGAACCUGCAUGUCGUUGUCUCUUUAUAUAUCUACUCUGCUUCUCAAGACAUUGAGCCACGACCAUCCACUGACGAAGAUUCUGCAUACCAUUACAUCCGCAUUGGGCGAGUUUACCCGAAAUCCCAAAUGCCCAGAAACACCCGAGUGGUCGUUAUAUACCUCAGCCGUACCAAAAUUCGGCCUUCACCGAACGUUGGGCAGGGCAAAAUGUCUAUACCAAGACAAAAGCAUUGCAUUGUGGCUUUUCAGAAUCAUGAAUGCAUGUUCGCCAAGUGUGCAAACACCAGGAAGGAACGAUGCUGAGUGGGGUCCUACCUGCAUGCGAAAGGUCGUAAAAACCCAUACCUUGGCAUUGACCAUCAAGGUAGCCAAGCAACACUUUGUUUCUCAACGCAGUGAGGCAGUGUAAGUCUGGAUUUGCACUGAGCAUGCAGUCAAAGCAUGGCUCAACACAUGCUGAGGCGUUUCUACCAAGGCUCUUGGGUUGCUUUGAAGGUCUUGGUAUAGGGUGUUCCCUCCCAAAGAUGGCAAGAAGAAGUGGUCAUCGCACCUUCUCGCCAAGUUUC